AUGAUUCCUUAUGUAUAUUUACAACGAAAAGGGAUCGAUGUGAACAAGUACCGUCCUUCGAUUCGUUUCAAUCCGGACAAGAUCCAGUUAGUGCCGAAAAAUCCAGUGAUCCCUGGUUGCAUAAAAAUUAAGGCAGAAGGUGUUGAAAUUACCCGCCCAUUACGGAAUCUUGUUGCCGAAGUGGAGCUUCGUAUUGGUGGUACUCCAGAUCCAUCUAACCCAACGCUUCCUUGUUCGAAAAAAAUAGACGAGAAAGUCAAUCAGUGUCCUUGUGCGAAGCUAGAAGGAACGUGGUGA